AUGCUCCAGGAGAAGAGCCUGUCUGAAGCAGAGGACGGGUUCGCAGCCCCCCAGCCCCCCGGCCAUGCCGAAACCACAGCCAGCUCCCCGGUUCUCGGUGUCGCAGGAGUCAGCAGCACGCCUCUGAACAGUCCACAGGUUCCGGAUCCAGAGCAGACCAUCGAGAACAUCAAGGUCUACUUGCACGAGAAAGAGCUAUGGAAGAAAUUUCACGAAGCUGGCACUGAAAUGAUAAUCACGAAAGCUGGGAGGAGGAUGUUUCCGAGUUACAAAGUGAAAGUCACGGGGAUGAACCCCAAAACCAAAUACAUCUUGCUGAUCGACAUUGUCCCGGCAGACGACCAUCGGUACAAAUUCUGCGACAACAAAUGGAUGGUGGCAGGAAAGGCUGAACCGGCGAUGCCCGGGCGAUUGUACGUCCACCCAGACUCACCGGCCACCGGAGCCCAUUGGAUGCGCCAGCUGGUGUCCUUUCAGAAACUCAAGCUCACUAACAACCACCUGGACCCCUUCGGACAUAUCAUUCUGAAUUCGAUGCACAAAUACCAGCCAAGACUACACAUCGUUAAAGCGGAUGAAAACAAUGCGUUUGGCUCCAAGAACACAGCUUUCUGCACACACGUAUUUCCAGAAACGUCCUUCAUAUCCGUGACGUCGUAUCAGAACCACAAGAUAACCCAGCUGAAGAUAGAAAACAACCCGUUUGCCAAGGGCUUCAGGGGAAGCGACGACAGCGACCUGCGCGUGGCAAGAUUACAAAGCAAAGAGUAUCCGGUGAUCUCCAAAAGCAUUAUGAGGCAGAGGCUGGUGUCCACCCACGGUCAGCUCUCUGCUAAGCCUGACGUCAGCUCGCUCCACGGGAGCCACCAGGGUCUCCAACACUACCAGUAUGAGAACGGCGCUCACAUGCAGUUCGCGGCAUCGGAUGCCCAAGACCUGCCCCUCAACACCUUCGCGGCGCAAAGAGAAUCGGGGCUCUUCUAUCACUGCCUGAAGCGGCGAGAGGGUGCCCGACAUCUGGACUUACCCUGCAAACGCUCUUAUCUCGAAGCCUCCUCUUCCGUCGGGGAAGAGCACUAUUUCCGGUCGCCGCCUCCAUACGACCAGCAAAUGCUAAGCCCCUCCUACUGCGGUGACGUGACGCCGAGGGAGGCCUGCAUGUACUCUAGUUCGGGUGCGGAAAUUGCCGGCGUCUCGUCAGUGGAAGAUUUGCCUCCUCCCCCUCCCCCUUUGAGCUGCAAUAUGUGGACUUCAGUUGCACCUUACACCAGCUACAGCGUUCAGACAAUGGAAACCGUUCCGUACCAGCCGUUCCCUGCUCACUUCACUGCCACCACCAUGAUGCCGCGCCUCCCUACCAUCACGAACCAAGGUUCCCAGCCUCCGGGCAACAGCCCCUUCACGGUGUACAAUCAGCUUUCGCAGUCUCAGGUCCGGGAGAGAGUCCCCGCGCCGUCCUUCCCGAGGGAAAGGGUGCACCCUUCCGUGUGCGAGAGGAAGGCCCCCUCUCCCCACAUAAGCACAGCCAAUGAAUUUCUGUACUCGCAAACCUUCUCGCUGUCGAGGGAAUCCUCUUUACAGUAUCAUUCAGGCAUGGGGACUGUGGACAACUGGACGGACGGAUGA